CUGGAAUAUGGUCUAGCAAUUACAACCUUCAAUUCACGGGAAAUUCAAUCUCUCGAAAAUUGCCAAAACCAAUGCAUUCGUCAAAUCUUCGGUGGGCGACCCUUCACCUCUACCAAUGUAAUGCUACAUUUAACAAAUUUACCAAACAUGAAGGAUCGUAUUUCCAUACUUUAGGCACAAUUUCUUUUCAGAACCUCCUUCCUACCCGACGAUGCAUUAUUAACAAAAUUGCUACCAUACAUACAAUCACAGCUUAUCUCGAAGUGGUCCCAGCUAUCUAAAUCACCUCUAUGGACAUCAUUCAGCAAUGAAUAUCUCGAAACUAUGUCCCAUGGUAAUUUUAUUAGAAAACGAAGACAGUUUUUGUUUGACAACCACCGUUCGAAGCUCCAAGAAAAACAUUCUAAACUUCUGUCCCACUGCCGUAAUGAUCUAAUUGUCGACCCUAUUCUUCGGAUACCAAUGACAAGAAGUGAACGAUCUCGUUGCGUACGAUGGCGACUUGGUUGGUUACCUCUUGGUAAACCCCAAGCCUGUCCCUUUCAUCCAAAUGAACUUUUUUCACGACAGCAUAGUUUUUCUUGUUUAGAUAUGCACAACCGCCUUCAGAUGCCCAAAUCUAUUGACGAUCCACUUUCCUAUCUUUUGAACCUCUUACCACCAACAUUCCUUACCAAGAAAGCGAGAAAAUCAACCGAUGCCUGGCUCAUUCGUUGGCCUUCUAUAUGUGCAAUAUUACUCGAAAUGGACUACUUAACUCACCCUCAGUUUCCUGAAGCUUCAAACCAUCUUGGUGAACCCUUUAUCAAACGUCUUCGUUAUAUUCAGCAAAAAUUUUCAGAUAGUUAA